CCGGAAGUUACAUGAGUGUGUGCAACGUUAUCGUAGGAUUUAACUCCAAUGACGGAUUCCUGAUCAUUUUACUGCUGGCCACCAAUGCACUGCAGAUGGAGAAGUAUCUAUACACAAUCGUAUUGAUACAGUGGUCCAAUCAGCCAUAUGAUAUGCAGUUCUUCUGGCAAUUUCUGUGGUGCAUCAUGCUAUCAAUGAAGUUGAUUUCUAUCGUGGAACCAUUCCACCGCACUCAUGCACAGAUGUUUAGAACACACGUUCUCAUCAACUAUCUCAAAUGUCAGAGAUGGGAUGACCAGGCUAUCAGCAACGAGCUGGAGACGUUUGUACGGCUAUUGAUGCUGCGAAAUCCAACCUAUUCACCGCUCAAUAUGAUCACGCUAGAAAGAUCAUUUCUGAUUCAAUUAAGCGGCUGUAUUUUAACGUACCUAGUUAUUAUGCUGACAUAUGGGCUUGAAGUUUUGAUUUAAAAAUAUUGAAAAUAUUAUCCAGAGGUCAGAGUGUGAAUAGUUGAAGCUAUCAUCAGUGAACUUACCUGAACCCAACCUCAGGAAAUCGUAUUUGCCAGCUUAAAAAUACUUACACACACUACUAUUUAACUUAUCCCUCUCCCUCUAGUUCUCUUUCGCACAGUAGGCUUAUUUUAUUAUACACUAUCGCUUA